AGCCGAGGACGCACAGCUGCGAAGAGGGAGUCCGGGCAGAGCUUGACCCGAGGACCCCCAGAGCUGGCGGAAGCUGGACUCAGAGCCCCACCGGUGGCCCUUUCCCUGGGCCGGGUCAUGCGUUGCCGCAAGUGCCAGCUCUGCCUGUCAGCACUGCUCACACUCCUAGGCCUCAAAGUAUACAUCGAGUGGACAUCUGAGUCCUGGCUUAAAAAGGCUGAACCCCGGGGCGCUCUGCCCAGUCCCACGCCACCAAGUGCUGAGCCCACCUUGCCCACCAACCUCUCAGCACGCCUGGGUCAGACUGGCCCACUGUCCUCUGCUUAUUGGAACCAGCAGCAGCGGCAACUGGGAGUCCUGCCGAGUUCGGACUGUCAGACUUGGGGGAGUGUUGCUGCCUCAGAGAUCUUGGACUUCAUCCUGUACCCCCAGGACCUUCGGCGCUUCUUGCUGUCAGCAGCCUGUAGGAGCUUCCCGCUAUGGCUGCCUGCAGGAGAAGGCAGCCCGGUGGCCAGCUGCUCUGAUAAGGAUGUACCCUACUUGCUACUGGCUGUCAAAUCAGAACCAGGACACUUUGCAGCAAGGCAGGCUGUGAGGGAGACCUGGGGCAGCCCAGUUGCUGGGACCCGGUUACUCUUCCUGCUGGGGUCCCCACUAGGAAUGGGGGGGCCUGACCUAAGAUCACUGGUGACGUGGGAGAGCCGGCGCUAUGGUGACCUACUGCUCUGGGACUUCCUGGAUGUUCCCUACAACCGGACACUGAAAGACCUGCUGCUGCUGACCUGGCUGAGCCACCACUGCCCCAAGGUCAGUUUUGUCCUGCAGGUUCAGGACAAUGCCUUUGUCCACAUCCCAGCCCUGCUGGAGCACCUGCAGGCUCUGCCACCUACCUGGGCCCGCAGCCUCUACCUGGGUGAGGUCUUCACCCAGGCCAAACCACUUCGCAAGCCCGGAGGACCCUUCUACAUGCCGAAGACCUUCUUUGAAGGUGACUACCCAGCCUAUGCAAGUGGGGGUGGCUACGUCAUCUCGGGGCGCCUGGCUCCCUGGCUGCUGCAGGCAGCAGCCCGAGUAGCACCCUUCCCCUUUGAUGAUGUCUACACUGGUUUCUGCUUCCGUGCCCUGGGCUUAGCGCCCCGUGCCCAUCCAGGCUUCCUCACAGCCUGGCCAGCAGAGCGUACCAGGGACCCCUGCGCUGUACGAGGCCUGCUGCUGGUGCAUCCAGUCAGCCCCCAGGACACCAUUUGGCUCUGGAGACAUCUGUGGGUUCCAGAGCUCCGGUGCUGAUCCCCAGAGACAAGCUGGGGUGGUGGUGGUGGUGCGGGUGGGGGUGCU